AUGCCUUACUUUGACUCGGAACGAUUUGCAUCUUUAUUGGAAAAGGAAGGAUUUUCAGCAUCUCAAGCCAAAGCUGUGAUCAAUGCUUUGAAUGAUGUGGUGGAUGAAAGUACAGUGAACGUGACAGACGAUCUUAUCACCAAAGAGGAACAACAAAAGACAAUUGAACGAUAUAAGAAUGAUUUUCGACAAUUAAAGACAGAUAUUCAGCGUAUGGAAAAAAAUGAUGUGGAAGAUGUGAAAUCAGCGAAUGAACGACUCAAGGCAGAUAUCGACAAAUUAAAAAAGACAUUACAGGAUGAACUGAUCCGAAGUCAAGCUGGGGUUCGUUUGGAUCUGAAUUUGGAGAAGGGACGUAUUCGGGAUGAAACUGUGGAACAACAUGAUAGACUAAAAAACACAGAUGAAAAGAUCGCCAAUGAAAUCCAAGCACUCAAGACUCAAAUGCAAGGCAUCAAAAUGCAGAUUUUACGAUAUAUGAUCGGUACAAUCACAGGGGCUGGCACUUUGGUACUAGGCUACAUCCAUUUCUCUCACUAG